CCUCCUCUGUUGAUGGAUGUGUUUACACCGGUUGAGAUGCAGCAGAUUCAGAAGCAGCAUCCGCUCAGGAGCCGCGGGGCCUGCGAUAUUGUUGGUUGUGGGGAAUCAGCCAGUCUCCAGAUGUAGUUUGAAGGAGCGUCACGUUGCCCCCACUGGUCCACAUUCCCCCCCUCCACUGCAUGGCUUCACUUGCUGGUGUCUCUCACAGCGUCUCCAUAUCCCCAGUCCUGCACACCCUCAUGUUGGGGUCUCAGGCCUCUCACAGACUGACCAAUGACUGCCUGGAUUGUUCUGCCUGUCAGCCUGUCCGCUUUCUCCAUCACAGGGAUAUGGAUUGUUUACGCCAUGGCAGUUAUGAACCACCAUGUCUGUCCUGUUGAGAACUGGUCAUACAAUUUGACAUGUACAGAGGAAACGGCUAAGAGGGGCUUCCCAAAAACCUGCUGUACUCUUCAAGACAUCCCCCUCAUCAGUAAAUGUGGAUGUUAUCCACCAGAGAGCUGUCUCUUCAGUUUGAUUGGCAAUGUUGGGGCUUUUAUGGUGGUUAUGGUGUGCAUGCUGCGUUAUGCUCAAGUGAUUGAACACAGCCAUCACUGCUGGACCAACACAAGUGCUUUGGUGUCUGGCUGCAUUAAUGCCCUGGGUUUGGUCAUGGUGGGCAACUUUCAGGUUGAUCAUGCUAAGACCCUUCAUUAUGUGGGAGCGGGUGUAGCUUUCCCUGCCGGCUUGCUGUUUGUGUGUCUGCAGUGCGUUUUGACGUACCGUAUAGCAGAGACAGCGCUGGACUACUGGAUGGCUCAUGUGCGUGUGGCUCUCUCAGCUGGAGCUCUGGUUUCCCUUGUCCUCAGUGGUAUCUUCUUCGUCCAUGAAAGUUAUGUAUUGCAGCAUGCCGCAGCCAUCUGUGAAUGGGUCUUCACUGUCUUGGUCCUGGUGUACUAUGGCACCUUCACCUAUGAGUUUGGCACUGUCAACAGCGAUACCAUGAUGGUGGCCUUAAUGAAGCGCAGUCAACACCACCAUCCAGGGUCAGCGGUCAUUAUGGGGGGUAUCGGGAAGGGUGUGGCAAUGGGAUGUGGUGCCCGCAGUCUCAAGUCCCCCGGAGGCAGCAGCACGUCCACACACCUCAACUGUACACAAGAAAGCAUCGCCAUUCUUUAGGGGUUAACCGCUACAAUAUUCUCUCAGACCUCAGCGCAUAGACUCUUUAUCUGGCUCACGGAUUUGUAAAAAAAAAAUGGAACAAUGAAUACGGAUUUACUUGUGAGGUUACAGUAAGUUUACAGACUUGCUGAUUAUAAUCUAACCGUAAUGGCCAGUUAGUCAUAACUAAGGUAUUUUGCAUGAUAUUUUGCGUUCAUAUGUAAGAUAAUUCAAAGUACAGCCACUAUAACCAGCACAGACAAGUCCUUCGCAUGAUUCAUGGGGCCUCUGACAGAAAUGUUUUAAUUUGACUAUGUGAAAACUGCAAUAACCCAUCUGUAAAGGCACAUUCACACUAACAGCAAGUAAAUUGUUUAGGGUCAACAAGUGGAUUGUUAGUUGCUGGAAGGAUUUUUGCCUCAGGAGUGCUGUAGGGAUGAUGUAUUACACUAUGUAGGCCUGGAAACUCGAAGUUAGCAUUGUAACACUUCUCGUUUUUGGUAAAAUGCCUGAAAUAAGAUACCUGGUGAACACAAGCUCAAGGUAUUUAACGUUUUAUGUUACAAAACAAAAUACAUCUGUAAUAUCCUCUUGUGAUAAUUUUUUUUUAAAGGGAUAGUUCACCCAAAAAUUAAAAUGCUGUCAUUAAUUACUCACCCUCAUGUCGUUCCUAACACGCAAGACCUUCGCUCAUCUUCAGAACACAAAUUAAGAUAUUUUUUGAUGAAAUCUGAGAGCUCUCUGACCCUCGUUUAGAUCAAAGCAAACAAUAUAAACAACGUAUCCAUGCAUCGCAGCUGACACAGAUCAGCAUACAUUGUGAUACUCUCUAAAAUGGCACCAGGGCGAUGCAAAGGAGAAGAAUUGUUGAAUAAAGUGGUUAUUUAUAGUUUUCUUUGCACACAAAAAGUAAUCUUGUAGCUUCGAAAAAUUAUGGUUGAACCACUGAUGUCACAUGGAUUAUUUUAAAGAUGUCUUUACUACGUUUCUGGACUUUGAUCGUGGUAGUGACCUUGCAGUCUAUGGAGGUUCAGAGAGCUCAUGGGAUGCAUCAGAAAUAUCUUAAUUUUUGUUCCGAAGAUAAACCAAGGUCUUACAGGUUUGGAACGACGUGAGGCUGAGUAAUAAACAUUUUUUUGGGUGAAGUAGCUUCAUUGUGUUUAUAAUCAUUCUCUUUCUCUUAUUUUUACUCAGACUUUCAGGGAUUUUUUUUAUUUUUAUUAUUAAAUAAAACUGAAAUAGAUUUUUUUUCUGAUUGCAGUAGGCUUUACAAUUCAUCAAAUUUAUAGUCAUUUGUAAAGAUUAUCAUGGUAAACAAAACGUUUAUCAAUUCUGAGCUUUGUUGCUCACUCAGCUUUUUUUAUUUAUUUUUAUUCAGUAAUUCAAAAAAUCCUAUUGGGUUUUUGUUGAGGAAACCAGGGGCAUGCUAACUUCCAGGCUGUCAUCACUGCAUUUCUCUAUUGGUAGUCGGUGCAUUGUAUCUCCACUCAAUUACAUAUAGUUGUAAAAAACAAAUAUGAUUUGUUGCAACACUCUGUCACUCAUGUUGCCCUAAAUCGCCAGCUCCUAUUGAAAAUCAGUGACUUUGGUCACUUUGCCACUGUGAAUCUCUUCCAGAACUGCCAGCAAUACCAAGACACUCGUCUAGUCAAAGAAGAUAAUUGGCUAAACCCAUCCAACCUUUAGUAACCCGUUAAAUCUGUAGAAACUGUGAUUACACAACAUGUCAAGAGCCGUUACUGUAGCAAUGAGGAUUUUACGUCAACUCCACCAGCCAUUGCUGCCAACAGUUGGGUUGCAGUGAGGUUGAGGUUUAGUCACUUUACUUUAGUCAAAUAGCGAUACUUUGUAUUCAUACCUGAGAUGCAGGUGGUCCGUAUUUAUGUAUUCAUUCCAGGUGCUCAUAGCUUAGUUUGAUCUGUGCCAUGGUAUUGGCAUGAUAUCAGGUGCUCUACAUACAAUGUGGAUGUGUUAAAUAGGAUUUAAGGGCAUCUCUUUGCAACCUUUUGAACAUUGUGGUGCUUUCGCCACUUUUGUCAAAAACUGCCUGUAUCGAUUAGUUGCAUCCCAGGUACCAUGCAAACAAACUCCUAUUAUUUUAGGAUCAAGGAACAAGAUUUUUUGUCAGUUAAUCUGUUGUUUUGUUCUGAGGUUUUUUUUUCUCACAUUUAUAAAUAUAAGGUGACAUUAAUAUGACUUUUCAGGAGAUUAAUCUUGCUCUUGAUCCCUGUUGUAAAAACUUUGGGAUUAAUAAAAAAAAAAGCAAAAAGCAAAAAAGCUGUCUGUACUGUAGGGGGUAAAAUUUAGUUCUUUUGUGUUUAUUUGCAAAAUUCUUGCAUUUCCCAAAGAAACUAUAAUAGGAGAAGAGAAGGGAAAAUUAUAUUUCAAAGCUUUUGCAAAUACAAAGUAUCUCUCAGGGGAACACAAAAGUUUUGCAAGUGAAUGUAUUGUUCACACAUAAAAGAUUUGCAUUUGCUUGGAAAA